AUGAUUCUUGCUCUACUUUCCCUCUUACUCUUGGCUGUUGCCACCUCGGCUCAGCCUUACUAUGAUUACACCCUGCAAGGAACCCAAAAGUGUGCCUUGAUCAACGUCGCCAUGGACGAAUCCGGUUCCAUGUUCACCGAGCAAGUUUUCUUGAAGGAUGUGGCGCUUCCCGGCAUUGUUUCUACUUUGCAGACUCCAGCCUACGGUUUCGAUCAUGUCUUUGUCUGUUCCAACGGCUUUGGAAAUCCUCCUGCCAAUCCUGGCGUCGAUCCAGACGGCUACCGUUUCAUUGGUUGUUCGGAUGGGUUGACUCUAGCCAUCUUGGACUGGUCUCGAAGCUUUGCAGGUACUCACGAAGACGGAUAUACUGCUUUGAUCAAGUCUAUUGAUCGUGUUCCCGCUGCCAUUGAUGGCGUGGAUUUGGCUCAGACUUGCGGAAGCAUGGCCAAGAAUGUCAUUUUGGUUUCCGAUGAAGAUCGCGAUCAUCACACAGCGGAUGCCGGUGUCACUCAAGCCUCGGUCGUCAACAAGAUUCAAGAUCGUCAAUACGUUGCUAACUUGAUUGUCAAUGUCUAUAUUGGCGAUAUCGAUGCCAGCAACCUCGGCAUGCGGUACAAUUAUGAUCCUGCCGUGCAAGCUGCAUUGGUCCCACCAACUUAUCCCAAUGAGGUCUUUGUGGCUGUCAAGCUUGCCAACGGUACUUUGGAUGGAAACUACGACCUUGUUCCAUAUACCCUAAUGGAUUACACUGGUUACAUUACCAAUGGCCAGGGCAAUACUGUUGCUGACUAUGCUACACUGAUUGAAAAUACACCAGGAGCCAUUUGGUCCAUUCAAACUCUGCGCCGAGGAAUCCUUCUCGGUCAGCCUGAGUUGUCUCAAGCCUUUGCCAAGGCCUUUAUCGACAUCAAGACUUGCGAGAUUGCCAUGUGUCGUCCUCCAGAAGCUGGCGGUGAUCCGCACAUUACCACUUGGAAGAAUGAACACUAUGAGUUCCACGGUCAGUGCGAUUUGGUAUUGGCCAAGGAUCCAGACUUUGGCAAUGGCCUUGGCUUGGACGUUCACAUUCGCACCAAGAUUGUCCGUUAUUGGUCCUACAUUCAGUCCGUGGCCAUUCGCAUUGGCACCGACGUCCUUGAGAUUCAAGGCAAUUCCGACUCGAAUCUGGAUCCGGACUACUGGAUCAACUUUGAGCAUUUGGGCGACUUGGAUACCUUUGCCGGGUGUCCCGUCACCCAAACUACGUCCGGACCUCACAAGCGUUCUUAUCAGAUUGACCUCCGAACCAAGGUUCCUGGCCACAGCCUUCGGAUUGAUCUCUUUCGGGAAUUUGUCCGCGUCAAGCUCAAUGGCGAAAAGACGGCCUACCACCAAACCGAGGGGCUCUUGGGAGAUCCCAUUACUGGCAAAAUGUUGGCCCGCGAUGGUGUCACUGAGUUUGCUGACUACGUUGACUUUGGCAUCGAGUGGCAAGUUUUGCCAUACGAACAAAAGCUCUUUCACGAAAUGGCUCCUCCUCAAUUUCCUGAACUCUGCCUCCUUCCCGAGGAUCCUCGUGGAGAGCGUCGCCGCCGUUUGGCCGAGAGUGAGAUUAGCGUGGAAGAGGCUCGUCGUGCUUGUUCCGCUUUGCAAGAUUCCUUGAGCAUCCAAGAUUGUGUCUACGACAUUUUGGCCACUCAGGACUUGGACAUGGUUGGGGCUUUUUAG